AUGAAUAGCGCCUUCAAAACCACUUUAACCCACACAAACCCUAAUCCUCUUUCCUUCACCCUCAGACUCUUCCAUUCCACUCCUCCAUUGGAACGCAAAAGACACAAAUUUUGGGAACCUAGAUGUAACCAUUACUCGAGACGAUUUAGAAGGAUGCAGGCGAAACAAUCGUUGCUCCGUAAUGUAGCUUAUGCAGAAUUCAUGUUUCAGAACUGGAAAGAAGAUAUUGGCGAGGAUAACCCAUCUUCAAGCCGAGACAACUCGUGGUUUACAAAACAAUAUUCUCCUAAGAACUCUGGAAGGCACAAUAAUGACAAUCAAGGAAAAUAUCGAUACAGAAGAUAUCAUGAAUUUUGUGAAGAUGAUAUUGAUGUUGAAAACAUUUUCCGCUCUGCCUUUGGUGGGAAUCGAGUCUUCUAUUGGUCAUUUAUAAAUGAGGAAAAUCCUCAUUGGGGGAGGUCGGGAGACUUCUCUAACUAUGGUAAAUCUUGGAAAUGGAAACGUCAGAGUGACAAUGGAUUCGGCUCCUCAACUGGGUCCGAGUCUGAGUCCGAGUCUGAUAGUUUGCAUUCAAAUUUAGUCUCUGAUAGAUUAGCCCUUGGAUUGAGAGCUUCUGGUCCUCUGAAACUCGAAGAUGUGAAGAUUGCGUACCGCGCAUGCGCCCUUAAAUGGCAUCCUGAUCGUCAUCAAGGCUCUUACAAGGUUAUAGCAGAGGAAAAGUUCAAGCAUUGCAGUGCAGCUUAUCAAUCAUUGUGUGAUAAGUUGGCCAUAAAUUAA